AUGGAUAAUAAUUAUAACAAUAAUUUUAAUAAAAAUAAAAUCAAAGAAUAUGAAAUUUUAAUUUUAGGAAGUAAAAAAACUGGAGAAUCAAGUAUAAUAUGUCAAUUUUUAAACGAUGGAAAAUAUUUUGAAACUUUUUUAGAUCAAAUUUAUAAAAAAUUAAUUACAAUUGAAAAUGAUAAUAAUAAUAAUAAAAAUUUAAAUAAUAAUUAUAAUAAUAAUAAUAAUAAUAAUAAUAAUAAUAAUAAUAAUAAUAAUAAUAAUAAUAAUAAUAAUAAUAAUAAUAAUGGUAUACCAAAUGAUUAUAUUUUAAAAAUGAUUGAUAGUGGUAAUCAGUCUAUUCAAAAUAAAGAAAUUAGAAAAAAGAAUAUAAAAAAUGCAAAUGGAUUUAUAUUAUUAUAUUCAGUUGAUUCAAUUCAAUCAUUUGAAGAAAUUAAGGUCAUUCAUUCAGAGAUUCAAAAAAUUAGAGAAACUAAACAAGUACCGUUGAUAAUCGUCGGUAAUAAAUGUGAUCUAUCAGUACAACGUUUAAUAUUACCUGAACAAGGUGAAAAAUUAGCAAUUGAUUUAGGUUAUACCUCAAAUCAUUUCAUUGAAUCAUCUGCAAAAUUUAAUAUUAGAAUAAUGGAUAUUUUCAUAAACUUAACUAUAAUUAUAAAUAAUUUUCAAAAUUUCUUAUUAUUAUCAUCAUCAUCAUCAUUAUCAUCCUUAAGUUGUUCUUCUUCUUCAAUAACUUCAUCAUCUUCAUCUUCUUUGUCUUCAAUAACUUCAAUCUCUUAUUCGCCAUCUUCGUUUCCAAAGAAAAAUAAAAACCAAUCUUGUAAAAUCAUGUGA